AAACAAAAAAAUGAUGAAAAAUUAAACAUUGUUUUCGAAGAACAAGUUGUUUUCGAAUCUGAAAACAAUGAAAUAUCACGUCAAUGGGAUAAUGAAAUGAACUCCCAUUGGAAUGAUACGCCCCAAGAAGAUAAAAAAUCCUGGAAUGAUGAUCGACCUACCUAUAUGGUCGAUUCAGAAGAAUUCGAAGAAUUUGAAGAAGGAAAUUCUUCAAAUUGUCUCAACAACCACACCGUAGAGGAGAAUCGAUCAACUGAUUCUUCUCAAAAUACGCUUAUUGAAACAAGCAUUCUCGGAGGUCUUCUACUUCUCCGAAUAAAAAUCUUUAUAUUAAAAUUGCGGUUGGCUAAUGGAGAUUAUACAACAAUGAUGAACCCUUUUGAAAUUUUAUUCAGCCAAUCGACAAUUAACUCUUCUUUUCGAAAUGGCGGAAACAUAGAAGAAACCAUUAACGAUCUUGUUAAUGGUGAUGUUAAAGUUGAAGAUUUUCCAUAUAUUCAAGUCUGUAUUAUCGAUGAUUUAAUCUUCUCUUCAGAUAAUCGUCGACUUUAUAUGUUCCAAGAAGCAAUUCGAAGGGGAUUAAAAGUUGAUAAAAUUCCUGUUCGAGUUCAACGAUCAACAGAUUUGAAUAUUAAAUGA